UUGAGUUCAAAAUGUUCAGUAACUUUUUAUAAUAUUCAACACAAAACUGAAGUACCUGGUCAAUGCGGACCCAUCUCUGCGACCAACCAAUUUCGCUGUAGCGAAAUAGACAAUUUGGCUAGCAUUCGGACAAAUAUGCGAUGAUUAUAAAGAAACGCACAGCAAAGGAGCAACGCAAUUAGCCAAGAACGCAAGAGGAACACGAGGAGAGGCCCACGCACGCCUGGAGAGGAUCAGCGCGAGAGUGAGAGAGCGAGCGACUGUGCGGCGUGUGCUGGCUGGCUGCUGACGUCUCUGGUUCGCAUUUUGCCCAGGACAACCAGUCGAGAUACCACGUCAACGCUACUGGCCAGGAGCACUUCAUUCACGCACCCAGACACGGAAAACACGUCACCUCGGACACAAUGUAUUGCCUGCAAUGCCUGCUGCCGGUGCUGCUCAUACCAAAGCCCACGAAUCCAGCGCUGAUGGAGACACAUGUGAUGUUCAUAGUGCUGUAUCUGGUGGGAUUCUUUCUGGAGCGAAAACCCUGCACCAUCUGCAGUUUGGUCUUUCUCACUACCGUCUCGCUGAUUUGCUACAGCGGCAUGGGCAACUGCAUCUUCUGGGGCAACUGUGAGGGGAAUCAGUGUGAGAAUGGCUAGAGAAGAACGUCUGAGUCGUCGGAGCGGAGGAGGCGUAGUAGGAGGAGUGCUAAUCAUAAUAAUUAUUUUAACAUGAAAUUACGUUCGCGUUGUUACAGCUUUACAUCCUAACGAAAACGAAACGAUAGAA